UGAAAUGAAUUCGCUUCUUUUUAAAAGUCUUCUGGUUCUUGCUUUUGGAUUGUGUGUAUUUGCGCAAGACCACCUUUCACUGUUAAGCAACAAAGAACUGAAGGACGCCUGUCUCCGUCAUGCUCAAGGAAGACAGCUACAAUCCUUCCAUAAGUCUGGACAAUGCAUGGCCAGAUGCGUUUAUGACGACUCAACAGAGAAUCAUUAUGUAAAUGGUGGAAAGUGCUCUAAACUUGGUAAAAUGGCACCGAAAAAUUUUCAAGGGCGCUGCCAUAAUGGAAAAUGUGGUGGAAGCUUUCUCUCAUGAUCUGCCUGGUUUGUAAUUGACGUUUAUUCUUCCCCCAUGGACCAAAUACAAGAUGAUAAAUUAUCUUCAAGAACUCAUUUCUUUUGCUCUUCUCUUCCGAUCAGAGGCGACUUAAUUUUUGCAAGAUGAAAAGACGACUCUAAAGGGAAAAAGGUGAUG